AUGGAAGCCCUAGAGACGGCCCUGGGGUACUGGGAAGACGCCCUAGCGGCCUACACCGCCGGAGUCACAGGGGGCGUUGCCCUGACGUCCCAGGAGGAGGCCGAAUUCACCGCCCUCCUCCAGAGGGUCAUCGACGAUGCCUACAGCCUUCAGGAUCAGUGCGAACACCUGUUCUUGCAUCAGCAUUCGGUGCUCUUCCGGUCGUCGAGCGUGACCCCUGUCCCCUCUGACAUCCAGGGGGAGGCCUACGAGAGGCGGACGCUGACGUCAGCUUCCUCCUACGAGAGCUUCGUCUCCGCGUCAGGAGACAUUGCUGAUCUUCGCGACUUGGAGGAAUACGACGAGGCCGAAUAUCCUUUGUACUUCGCCGCUCUCAAGCAACACGAGGAUGGGGGGAUUCCUUACAGAGAUGUACGUACAGAGAGGGUGAAAUGCAACAGCGACGUGGAAUACAUUUGCAAGGUCCACUGCAUCCGCCUAGCCUGCCAACUACUGUUCGCACAAGACGACACCAAAGAAUUCUUCGCCUCGUACGGCAGACAGAUCAUAGCUGACCUCCUAGUUCGGGCUGCGAAGGAUCCGAAGGACGUCCUGCAAGCCUACGACGACCUCCUCGAGUUCCUGGCAGACUGCGACUGGACGCAGGUCGAGGCGGAACUCCAGAGCCGAGGGGUGAAGGCCAUGACCUUCUAUGACAUCAUCCUGGACUUCAUUCUGAUGGACGCCUUUGAGGACCUCGAGAAUCCUCCUUCGUCUGUGACAGCUGUUGUGCAGAAUCGGUGGCUCUCGAAUGGAUUCAAGGAGUCUGCUCUAUCAACGGCUGUGUGGAGCGUCCUCAGAGCGAAACGACGUAUGCUGAAGUACCAAGAUGGUUUCAUAGCUCAUUUUUACGACGUAUCCGAGCACCUGUCACCUGUGUUAGCCUGGGGGUUUUUAGGACCAGACGAAAACUUCAAGGAUCUCUGUAUUUACUUCAAGGACCAGAUCGUCGGCCUCAUUCAAGACCUGUUCAGCUUCACCAACGUAAGGUACACAACAGUGGAGGAGUUGGCAGCGGACGUCAUGAAUUUGACCAAAGAGAGGUUCCAAACUAUAGCAGAUAAAUUAGCCUUAUAGCACUCUCUUGAAGCUUUGUUCAUACUUUAUGAAUUCCAAACGUGUGUGUACAUUUGUAUAGCCAUCUUGUAUAUAUAUGGACGCUAGUACUAUGUAUGUAUUGUUCUCCAACUGCUCAGUAAGUGAAGUGACAAAUUAAUUGGCAAAAAUAUAUGUACUGUACUGAAUUUGAAGAUUCUCGACCUAAAGAACCUAUAAAGGUAAAAGUAAAAAGAGAGAAUUGAAAUUUUGCAGAGAAAUGUCUUGCAAAACUCCUUUGUAAUUUAACCCAAAAUGGCUACAUUUAUUCAAGAGUACAAACGGUUGCUCCAAAGAUUCUCUUCUUGUGUGGGUGUCUGAGCAGGAGACAAGCUCCAAAAUUCAAGCUACCUUUCUUGUGAUGGUAUAUAGCAGGUGAUGCACCCUUUUUUUGCAGCACCUGUUUCUCAGUUUUCCACAUUUGUUGGUGUUGGUGUACACUUGCGCUUAUUUAAUCAUUAUUAAAUAAUUUUUCAGCUGUUUUGUAUCAUAUGCGAUUUUUCUCCCUAGAUCACAGCAAAAUGUGGUAAGAGAUUUCAAAAGUAAUGAAAACUGUUUCAGACAAGAAGAGGAAAUCCUUCUCAAACAGCGAUCCACAUUGUGGUCCGCUUCAAAUUUUUUCUGGGAUGUUUAUCUCAGAACACACCUAGAUCCUGAACCAUUCUGUUCAAAGAAGUUUUUGUCAGUGUGAGAUCCAAGUGCUUGUAGCAAUAGGCUGGCUCUCCUAAGAGGACAAUGACUUCAAGGACUUGUUGUUCAGCAGAUUUGCUAGGGACAACUUGUGAUAUUGUCACAGGGCUUAAACAACUGUUUCUUUGGGUGGGAAUUGUGUAUGCCCAGGGCAAUAACCUUUACUGAGAAAGGGAUGCCAAGUUUUUAAAAGGUAGGACUGGAUACAGGCUGCAGACAACCUCAAUUUUAAUUCUAAAUAACCUUAGAACAGUAGAAAUUAGGUAUAGGCUGUAUGCCAUCUAGAAAAAUAUUGCCUGUGGUUCAAGACAUCCUUUCCAUCACUCCAAAAGGAACCUUUACAGCCCUUCUAAAAGAACCCAUCUUGCUGGCUGGUCCUACCCCCUCCCCACAACCAAGAUUCACAACUCUCUACCAUAACCUUAGUCCUUAGCGUCUUGCGUUUGGCCAAGUAGAAGGAGGUCUUUUUCAUCUUAAGGCUCACCGCUAUUUAUUGCAAUAUUCUGGAGAUGCCCUCAACUGGAAGGGUGAUUCUAAAGGUGUGCAAAUGAUUUUGUAGAGUAGGACACCAUUGGUAAUAAUAUUCUUACCAAAGUAAGAUUAUUCACUCAUGUUCAAGUAGAUCAUAGCAUGUUUCUACCAUAACCUUCAGAUCUUCUGUGACUUAUGUAGUGACAGGUAGGUAGUGUCAUGGCCAUCAUUUUGUUGCUAUGCAUUUAUCCUACAUUGGGCUAGUAUACUGUUCUGACUAUCCCCAGUAUCAGCCUUUGGUAUGAGCUUCUAAGGCAAGCUCGCCUCUCCAUUUGUAUUUAUUGCUUGGAGUAACUGAUGUUUUUUAAGCUCAUGUACUGGUGUUACCUUAAAAUCUCAAACAUCAAAUUCCUCUACUUGCAGCCUUAAUAGGUAAUUAAUGAGACUAGUGAGCUCACUUGUAAAUAGUACACAUUACAUUUACCUUCAGGGGUACCAUUCUGUUUUAGUUCAGGUUGCCUUUGGUCACAAACCUGCCUCAUUGAAGAAAGCUGCAUACCUGAAGAGGAAUUUUCAUCAUGAUGGCAGAAAAAAUCCUCAUUUUUUCACACUUAAAAAGCUGUACAGUAUUUGUAGAGCAAUGACUUUUAUGGGUGCCAUAGAUAUAACUAUUCAAUCUUCCUUAAGUCUGCUAGCUGACUGCCUGUACUUGUAUUAUGUAAUAAAUGAAUGAUGAGAGUGUGUAGACUAAUAGUACUUUAUUUUGACCACCAUAAAUUGAGGUAGUGUGAACUUUGGACCUUGUUUCACCUUCCAAGACAAGUGAAAAGCUAUAUGUAAAGCGUGGGGUCUACCUAUGAAAUGAAAUUCAUUUGUAGAGUUGUAUUCUUAAACUUUUACUGAAGAAUAUAAAGUACUUUUUAAUAUACAGUAUGUUUGUUAUGAUUUAAUUAGGAUUGGAAUUUCAUGUCCUACCUUUUGAUUACUGUAAAUUUUUAUUUCUUUCUUUUAGGAGUAGGAAUAUGACCCAUCUUUAAAUGUGCUAUUAUAGACUUUAUUCUACUUUCUAUUUUGUUUUGUAGUAUAUGUUUCUUUCUCUUCCUUACCUGCUAGACGUUAGGUAAAAAUGAUACAGAAACUAAUUUUAGCCUUGAUAAUAUUUUUGCCUUAAAUGUAGUCAACUUUUAAAGAAACCCAGGUGUCCCAUCCUGUUAUUUGUAUUAUGAUUAUGAUAGCCAAUUUGGUGACAAUUAUAUAUUUGGUGGGAUGAUAAUACAAAUUCAACCUUAGUAUGAGAAGGAAAAAUUUCAGAAAUUGAGACAUCUUAAAUUGCAGACUAGACGGACAUAUUCUAGAAGCCAAGAAAGCUUUCACUUUUUCCAGGUGACUCAAUUUUAGUGGUUGGAUUUUUUCAGCUUUAGUUCAUGUCAGAGCAGACCAACUGUAGACAUGAUUUUCAAAUUGAAUCCUCUCAUUCAAGAAAACCUUUUGUCUUUAUGAUGAAAGUAAACUACAAUAGUGUAUUUCGAAUGCAAUUUUAAAUUAUAAUGAUGGUACGAUUAUGACAAAACUAGAAUUUUCAUGCACGUAUUUAAGAGGGUUCUCAAUCAUAAUCUUUUUCCGUAGUAUUUUUAAUCAUGUAUUCUUAUGGUAUUGUUUUUAGUGAUUGGCUGUCAGGCUUGAAAUUUGUUUAUGAAUGUGUUUUAAAUAGUGUCGGGAUGGCACCGAUGCAUACUUGUCUCAUGUAAAUGGGGGAUUAGAUGAAAAAGAUAAGUGGAUUAUGCUUUUUUUAACUUAUUAUCUCACUUCCGAUGUACAUUUCAUCCUUCAAGGAUAGAGUGAAUCAAAUAUUUUCUUUUCUCAUUAGAGUUUCCUAAAGUUUUACAAUAUUCAAAGUAUUUUGGUUUUGUGUAGUGCCAUUUAGUAUUUGGAGAUGAGCAGAGCUUUUGUAAAGGUAGCUGUGUUUGGCCUUUUUCGAAAUUUCGUUCUUUAUGAUAAUGAAUUAUUUAUAGUGUGUAUUUCUAUUAAUACAGGAGUACUGUACUUUUAAGGUAGAUAAAGACCCCUGCUACUGUUUCUGUAUUGUGUUUUGGAAAUUAAUUUUGACAUAAAGGAGUUGUUGAGUGAGCAACUUGAAACACUGGUGUCACCCUAUUGAGCAGUUUGUAAAACUUCCUUCAUUGGCAGCAUUCGUGUUAUAUGGUUAAUCAGCAUGAAAGGCUUUUCAAGAAGUUCAUCAACUUUUAACUGAAAUGCAGAAUAUAUUAAUUUGUGCAGGUUGUCAAAAAUAUAUGAUGGUACUGUAAAAACAGUUGUUCCCAUCCAGCUCCUGAGAAUUCCAUGUAGUUUGUACAAAUUACACAGGGAAGCGUGGUUGGUUAAAUGUUGUUCUAAACUUUUCUGAUGUUGAAAUACUAAACAUUUCUGGCAAUGAAUCUGAAAAUCUAGAAGUCAAUGAAUGUUGAUUUCUGGUCAUGAAUGUAAAUGUUAUUCAUUCAUUCACUUUGUGACUAUCAUGUUUUAUUGUAGGUUAUAUGUUCAACCAUAUGGGAACAUAGCAGUCACUGUAGUGCUUGUGUUGACAAGCAAAAUGACUUUCAGCGUAAUAUUGUUAUGUAUGGGCUAUGAAUCAUGUGCAGCUAUCCUAUAUCAGUCAUGUCAUUUAUGGACUGAAGAUAAUAACCUCCUGUCAUAAUAAAAGUAGUCUGUUAAAGUAAUUUAUGUAAUUUGACUGGAGGCCUUCUUUCAGUGCAGUUAUGUCAGAUGAAACUACAUGCUCAACUGCAUUCAGUCUUCCAUUGUUCUCUGCAAUAAGUGUGACAAGCCUUUAUUCUGCAUCAUUUAAAUCAUGUUUUAUACAUCUAGUAUUCACAGUUGGAACAUAUAUCAGUUCUUUUGUCUUAAUUAUUUGGACAAACUUUUCAGGUACUAUAUACAGUAUGUUUUUUCUACAUGUCUGUGGAAGUGUUUCUAUUGAAAUAAGCAAACUAAUACAGUAAGAUUGGCAGUUAUCAAAUCCUUGCUUCUGAUUUGUUGACCCAUGUUGUUGAACCUCUCAUAGUUGGGUGAAUGCAUCAAUUGGGUGUUGCUUGGAGUUCUUCGAUGUUCGUAUUUGGUGUAGUGCUAUUCAGUGAUCUCCUUUGUAUUCAAUGAAGGUCAAUGCUGCUGAAUUAACAUUGUUGGGUGCAGAAUCUAGAAACUCCACCACCUAUGAUAAUGUUGACUGUAUAAGCAUUCUUGGUGUUCCUUCUCACAAUGAUUGUAGAUUGUCCCUAACAUAGAUGGCAGAAUAAAAGCAUAAGGGUGAAGGCAAAAGCAUUUUCAUCAAUGGUUUUUAAAGAUAUUUUUUAGUGUUGCCUGUAGUUCUUGUAUGUGCCUUCCAGGCUUAGGCGUUCAUGACAUUCCUCUUGUAAAAUUUGGAUAUUCAAUCUGCCUAUUCAGGAAGGUGUAGUCUACAAGGAUGCCUAGACCAUCCUGGAUUAAUAGAGGCAGUAGAGAAAAUAGAUGCUUCCUCCAACCGCCACUGAAGGGGCCCUUGUCCACUCUGCAAUUUCACCCCUCAGUGUCUAUAAAGGAAAAAAUUCUCUCCUUCCCUUUGUGAGAACACAAGAGCCAACCUUUUCAUCAGAGCCCAUGACACUCUCCUAGGCACUGAUGCUCAGACAGAUUACAAGAAGUUUAGUGAGAAGAAAGGCCAGCAAAUCAGGAGCAAAGAUUUUGUGGCUUUACAAGUCCCACUCACUACAUCGCAUUUUACAUUUCAAUAAAAACAUUGCCAUACUUUUAUAAAUACAAUGAAGGUGGGAAAGAUCUUAUACAAGAAAUUUUUGUUCAAAUAAAUAAAUAAGACUGUGAACCAGUAUGCAAUCCACCAAUGAAUUUUUGAAUUAUAAUACAGGACUUACUGGAAGCAAAACUGCUCAUCAGGCAGAUUGAAAAAAUGAAUAAAAUACUGAAUGUAGUUGGGUGAGUAAUUUCACCCAACAUAACAUUUUAUAUAAAUGCCAAAUGUGGUCACAAAUAUAUCAGUGUCCCCUGUCUUUGUUUCUGUAAUACAUGAAGGCACUUAAGGUUCUGAGGAAUUUUUCAGAAGACAGUACAGUAGUUUGUAUAUAGUAUAUGAUUCUUAGCUGGGAUAUUUGUUGUUGUUACAUAAUGUCAGACAUUUUUAUGUGAGCACAACAUUUCACUAGUUAUGUUUUUCAUAUAAGGUGCUUAGUUAAUCCUGUACAAUUGUUUUUUUUUUGACCGCACAAAAUAGUUGUAAGGAUGAUUUCAGUAUUAAAAGUAAUCUUUAAGUAAUGUAUCUAUCUAUUUAAAGAUGUUGCUUACAUACCAAACUUUUAUUUUGUAAAGUCAACUGAAAUAGAUUCCUUCAUCACUGCCAUAAAGGUUUUCAUACACAAAUCCUUGCUUUGUAUAAACUGAUUCUGCUGCUGGUCUCAGUUGUGGAGUAGACAUCCUUAGUAAGAUAAGAGCUGUUAAAACAAUUAUGACCAUCCAGAGUUAGUAGUGUGGUAUUGUCCCAGAAAGGGAUGUCUCUAAAUUAUCUGUGCUCUCUUAUCUGCUUUGUAUUAUACUGAACCUACCACUGGACAAUUGCUGUUUAUUUUCUGUACUUUCUCUGCUUCAUGAAUUCCUUAAAGCUUAGAAUCAUUUCAUUUUAGUUUAUAAUGGCUAUAUAUAUGACUGCAGUUUGAGAAGUCUUCCAGCAACUGAGAUAAGCAGUCAUGCGUCUGUAAAGAAAUGGUUUUUGUAUGUUAGAAACCUAUACCUUUUAUGAAAAUUGUUCUUUAGAGUACUAGGUAUUAAUUUCAAUAGUUGAAGGUAAUACAUCUUUUCCUCUUGAGAUGUUAAAACUGAUGGUUGAUAACUUAGAUCGUACAGUUGAUUUUACUUUUGUUCUUUGGUAAUUUUACUGGCUGCCAGAAUUUAAAAAGAUAAAGGAUUUUCGUGAGGAAUCUCAAGUUCAUUAUUCCUACAGUAUGUGAGCUCAAAGGUUAGUAACUGUAAUUAUGGAGUCAGUACAGUCUUUUAUUAUAACUUUAAUGCAGUGGCCAAUUGUGGUAAUAAUUUAAUGUUUGUCAAGGGCCUUUAUCUCUGCAGUUUUUAUUUUUUUUUUUUACUUAGUUUCAUGUACUUAAUUUCCUAUCAGUACAUUAUUAUAGACUGAAAUUGUUAAGCAAAAAUAAGAUUCUAUGUUAGUCCCAAAUUUUGUGACACUUGACAAUAAAGUAGCUGCUGAUC